AUUUAGCGGAGGCCUCGCCGGAUUCCAGAGCGCCUGGCGAUGGCCGCCGCCGCCGACGGAAAGUACAACUCGUACAAGGCGCCGGGGCUGCGGGACGCCAUGCUGGAGGCGGCGCACGUCUCGUGCCUCGGGGACCGCUACCGGCUGGGCGAGCAGCUGGGGUGGGGCCAGUUCGGCGUGAUCCGGUCGUGCUCCGACAUGGUCACCGGCGAGGCGCUGGCCUGCAAGUCCAUCGCCAAGGGCCGGCUGGUGUCGCCCGACGACGUGCGGGGCGUCCGGCUCGAGAUCGAGGUCAUGGCGCGCCUCUCGGGCCACCCCAACGUCGUCGACCUCAAGGCGGUGUACGAGGACGAGGAGUCGGUGCACCUCGUCAUGGAGCUCUGCGCCGGCGGGGAGCUCUUCCACCGCCUCCAGGAGCGCGGCUGCUUCCCGGAGCACGAGGCCGCCGCGCUCUUUAGGUACCUCAUGGAGGUCGUCGCGCACUGCCACAGCAAGGGCAUCGUGCACCGGGACCUCAAGCCAGAGAACAUCCUCCUUGUCAGCAAGUCGCCUUCCUCGCCGAUCAAACUCGCUGACUUUGGCCUCGCCACCUACACCCAGCCUGGUCAAAGAUUGAGCGGCACCGUGGGAAGCCCGUUUUACAUCGCGCCGGAGGUGCUCGCUGGCGGGUACAAUGAGGCUGCCGAUGUCUGGAGCUCCGGGGUUAUACUCUACAUCCUCCUGAGUGGAAUUCCACCGUUCUGGGGGAAGACCAAAUCGAAGAUUUUCGAGUGUAUCAGGUCGACAGAGCUGCGGUUCCCUUCUGAUCCCUGGGACAGGGUUUCGGACUCAGCAAAGGAGCUGAUCACCGGGAUGCUGCGGCGUGAUCCUAGACAAAGGCUCACAGCCGAGCAAGUUCUAGGGCAUUCCUGGAUACAAGAACACGCUGACGAUUCGCGAGAAUCCUGCGGCCAUUGCCAUGAGAUUGGCCUCCGGAGGGAGGAACCCGGGUCAUGCUCGUUCUCCACGCCGCUGGCGUCACACAGUCGUGAUGUGAGCUUCAACACCGGCGUCCCGAUCACCUUCCAGAGCCUGUCGGAAGAACCCUGUUCUCCCACAUUCGCGUGCAAAUCUUCCUUCUCUGCUUUCGCCGCCGCAAGUGCUCCACCUGCGUCUUGCGCAGGUUCUGGGUUCUCAUUCAGCGACAGCCCAGAACCUAGGAAGAAUGUCGUCUUCCCAUUGCCUGUCAUGUCGAUGCCAAGCUUUUCAUUCUUCUGCAGGCUAGGAUCUGACGAGACAGGGCCAUCGGCGGCGCCAGCCUCAGACGAUAAGGGAGCUCCUUGCGACAAUGCCACCACUGCCUCUUCUUCAUUGGCUUUGAAGAGGACGGCAGAGGCGUCCCUGAGAGGGGUGGCGACGAGGGCAAACCCGUCGUCACGAGGUGCCAUCGGCAGUGGCAGGAGGAACCACACUAUCGGCUCCAGCGAGCGGGAGCAUCCCCUUGACACGAUGGUCACCGAGUCGGUGAUACGGUGGGCGUCGUGCACGCACCUGUCCACCACUCUCUCACUCCGGGCCUCGCUGGUUUGCUAGCAUCUCCCGUAGUGUGUCCCUGGUAGCCGGUGAAGUGAGAUGAUAUGAGAAGAGAUGAGAUGGGAGAUGAGCGUGUCAGUGUCACUUGUAGUAGAAUGUAAACUGGACAUGAUAUCUAUAUAUUCUUAUAUAGUGAUAUUGUGGUUUUUUCCGUGUCAA